AUGUCUUUAGCAGUGAACGCAAUGAACGGACAUAACAUGGCUGGCCAUCACGACAACAGAUCCAUAUUUGGUGACAAACGGUGUCUUGUUUUGGAGAUUCUCUAUGUUUUGGAGGGAAUUAAUGGCGAUUUGGUGGACACACGUCGCAAAGCACUUGAAUCCAGUGAUUGUCUUAUGAAUGGAUCCAUUGGUGUCCCGGAAAUCAAUUUAAUCAACCGAUUGCUUGUAAUGGCAAACCAUUACAUUGGUGUCAAUCACUUCAUCCAGAAGUAUAGUUCAGACUCGAAUCCAUAUAACCGACGAUUGGCUCAAAGUGUGGAUAAACUACUGAUUGAUUACAGGAAUGAAUUGAUUGAAGUGGAGAUCGAUAUCCACCGAAACCCCAACUAUUCUGUCAUUAAAUUCAAUCGAUUCCUAAAAUUCGGACAAACGUUUGAUUUCUUGGAUCAAAUCGUAUCGCAGUUCAACGAGAAAGUGGACUCUUUUGCCUCAACCCUGGAUAUACUGAAUGAGAGUUCACUGUCGGGUUUCACUCAAAUCGAAAAGUGUGCCAAAAUAUUAUACGAAAGCAGUGAUAGUCUAUAUUCAGACAUCUGGUCGUGGAUUAUGUUUGGCUUUUUAAGUAACAAAUCUGAGAAUCACUUCUUCAUACGAGAUGACAACCAGAAGACUACACUUGACAUGAGUAGAGUUCCGGCGUUUAUAAGUCCAAUGGAUGCCAUAAAAGUGCAUCAAAUCGGAGAAAGCGUUCGUUUGGCUCAAAGUCGAGGCCUUGAAUUCGUAUUCAAUGAUAAAGAAAAUGAUUUGUUUGAACGAUUCAAUGACAUGAAGAAUAGAGUCUCGUCUGACAAGAAGUCUUUCAGUCAAUUCAUUGAAUCCGUUAGAAGUAUCGUCUCUGAACAAAAUUGGAAAUAUGUGGUCAACGAAGAGGGUCUCAAAGAUCGCUUACAAUCACUUAAAAUGUUUUACUUGAUGUCAAACGAUGGCUUUUGGUCUAGUUUUGUAUCCAUCACUUCAGAACUAGUACUCAAUGGUCACAACCGAUUCAAAAAAGAGGACAGCAAUUACUCUAUUUGUCUCAACUAUAAAAUCCCGGAUUCUCUUCAGGACAUCAUAUCAGACGACAGCAUAAAUAAGUAA